AUGUCCUACGCCGUCGAGUCAAAGAAACGGAAGUUUCAUCGCGUUUUAGAAUCAUUAUCCAAACCUCACACUCCCGAUAAUGCGCCGAAGCAGACAUCAGCAGCGCCCGCAACGACGCAAGACCGUCUCUCCGCCAACCUCUCCAUCAAGAAAGUCCGCUUGGGCAACACCGACCACUCAGUCCUCCCAGCAGUGCAAAACUCAAUAAACAAAAUCUCUCGCCCGGCGCAUCGAAUAGCCUCCGCAAACUCGAAUAAGCGCCCAACCUUUGUCCCUUGGGACCGUGAACGUUUUCUAGAGCGUUUGGAAACAUUCCGUCGCGUCGACCGAUGGACUUCUAAGCCGGCACCGAUCAACGAAGUACAAUGGGCAAAACACGGAUGGGUAUGUACAGAUGCCAUGCGGGUCACAUGCGUUAGUGAAUGUGGUGGUGCAGUCGUUGUGAAGCUGCCCGAGGAGAUUGAUGAGCUGGAUGGGUUUGAUAUUGAGAAGGUUGAGGAGAGAAGCCAAGUUCGCGCGAGGCUCGUGGAUGAGUACGCCAAGAUGCUAGGCGGUUCUCAUAGCGAGGGCUGCCCAUGGAGAAACAAAAGCUGCGAUGCGACCAUUCAACAUCUCCCUUUGACCAAUUAUGAGAAUGCUCUGUCGGGGCUUCAUACUCGCUAUACAAACAUCUCGAAAAUGGGCGACAAAUUGCCAGCAAAUGAUAUUAUUGAGACCCCCGAGGGACUUGAUAUUAAUUCGGUCAUCAAUGAACUACCCCAAGAAUGGUUCAAGGCCGAUGAUGUUUCUUCAUCUAACGAGGAGCCCGUGGCAAAUGGAGACAUUCAGGGAUCCUCACAUUCUACGCACUCAACACAAUCGAAAUUGCAGUCUGCUAAUCGCACUGCCUUGGCACUUGCGCUCCUCGGCUGGGACGCUACAUCUGAUGGAGCUGCCGGCUUAGUCGGGUGUAGUGCAUGCUUCCGCCGCCUGGGCUUAUGGAUGUACAAACCCAAAGACAACGGAGACGUGACCGUGUACACUUCCCUGAACGUGGCUGAUGAGCACAUGGACUAUUGUCCCUGGAUUGACAAGUCCGCGCAAAGUGGAACUGGUCGAGCGAAUGAGAAGAUUUCCGAGCUGCGCGCCGGGUGGCAGUUGGUAGCUGAGGCUGUGAAGGUCAAACAUCGCCGAACACUGCGAACUAUGGCCUCUACGGAUACUUUGAAUGCCGAGACGGCUACUCCUAGUGCGGCUGCGGGGGAAGAAGAUAACCCGGAGGCGAAGAAGAAGGCAGAGCGCGAGUGGUGGGCGAAGAUCCGUCGAGUGCGACAAGUGCUCACGACAAAGUCCCCCAAGCGAAAGUCAGCUCUGCCGAAUGCGCCUCAGUAA